AUAAAACAGACAUAAUACUCGGCCCCUUCUUGCCCACCCCGCGCCUCGCCGGAGCUCCGCCGCCGCCGCCACGCCGCCGUACGUUUCCGCCGCCGCCUCCAGCCGUAGAAUGCCUGUGGGGACUCCCCUCGACGCCGCGUCUUCCUGAGGCUUCCACGCCGCGAGCCCCUGCAUCCCACGGGGUUCGGAGGUGGUCGGCGGCCGCCGAGGAGGAGGAGCCCAGGAGAUGGGGGUCGCGCGGGGGGUGGCGCGCGUUCGCCGGGAUGCGCUCGCCGCGCGCAUGAAGUGCCCGCUCUGCCAGGGACUCCUCAGGGAGGCCACCGCCAUAACCCAGUGCCUCCACACAUUUUGUAGGGUGUGCAUUAUGGAGAAAAUAAAUGACGAGGAUGUUGACUGCUGCCCAGUAUGCAACAUUGAUCUUGGCUGUGAUCCUGAAGAGAAACUCAGGCCUGACCACAACCUUCAAGAUAUCAGGAAUAAGCUGUUUCCGAUUAAGAAGAGAAAAGUUGAUUCUCUAAAGGCUCCAACAACAUUGCCACCAAAGAGAAAACAGAGGUCCCUUUCUUCCUUGGCGGUUGACACUCCAAGUGUAGCAAUGCGGACCGGUUUGACUGGAAAGAGAACCAAAGGUACAAGAAGGGCAGCAGUUUUUCAUGCGACUUCUCCUGGUAAUAAUGGAACCAUGAAAUCCUCAACUAAAUCUGAAGGUCGAGAUCAGAAGAUUGAGAAAAGCUCAGCACCACAAUCUACCAAGGUGGAAACACCUACAAAGAAAACUGAAAGUCGAGAUCAGAAGAAGACCGAGAAAACUUCACCACAACAACCGACCAAGGCAGCGACAGCUGUAAACAAAAGACAGAAAAAUACAGAUGUAGAAGUCUCAAGCAAGCCGUCUUCCAAGAGAAAGAAUGGCAUGACAGCUGAAAAGGAAGAGCUCCAGAAACCUUCAAAUAAUUUGGUUUAUGCUGCAAGCAAGACAAAAGCACCUAGGUCAACUCCCAAAAUCCAUCCCGUCACCGAAGAAAAAACAAAGAAGAAAGAGGGUGAACUCCCAAUAGGGAAUAAGGAGACAGAAAACGAAGUAGUUAUUCCUGGAACAAGGGUGGGGGAACAUUUAAAUGAGCCGACUCUUGAAGAGGAAAAUAAUGGCAGUUCCUCAGAACCUGCAACAGCGACAGUUAAAGCAGCAACAGAGGAUAUUUCGAACCAAGGAUUAUCUGGUCCUGCAAGCAUUUUGCGUGAUCCAAUAACUACUGCCGUCUGGUUCUCAUUAGUUUCUUCGCCUAACCAGAAAGGAGGACCCCAGCUGCCUGAGUUAUCAAAGAUUUACUUGAGAAUUAAAGACGGCAGCUUGCAGAUUUCCUCGGUACAGAGGUACAUCGCGACGAAACUGGAUAUAGCUGAUGAAAAUGAGGUGGAGAUCACCUUCCACGGCGAGCCGAUCUGCCCCUCGAGCACGAUGCAGGGGCUGGUGGAGCUGUGGCUGCGGAGAGUGCCGGAGAAGCCCGUGCAGGCACCGCUGGGCGCCCCGGCCACCGGGUUCGUCAUGGCGCUGGGCUACCGUCGCCGCCACCGCCCUUGUCUGGCGCCCCGCGUCGUCGCCGUUGCCGUGCCUCCGGGCGAGCCCUGCGAGGGCGACGGCGCCGCCGUGGAGCCUGCCUGAAGCUGCAGCGCUGAACUGCCCCGUCCGCCGCUCCUGUGCAUCCUCUCAGUCAGCUAGAGCUAGGAUAGAAAGAGAAGAAAGAAAUCACCCCCUACAAUUGUUUUUUUUCCUCGUUCCUUAGAUCUUGUAAAGACUAAAGAGGGAGAAGAAAGAAGUUAGCGUGUCAGCAGUCAGUCUGUGGUAAAUGUUCAGUAACUUAAACGAUCGUUCGUGUUUACUUCUAGAACAUCUCUGACGAUAAAAAAAAUUAGGUUGAAAGUGAAA